AUGCUUGCGCCGCAUUUCGCUGAAGACAUUGACAUCUUCAAUCGGCACAUCUCCCAGCAUCGGAAAGCAGAGGGCGAAGUGGAAUCUUCGAACUACCAGACGCUUCUACAUGAUGCGAAAGACCCAGUUGUGUACUUGACUGUCCCAAGGUUUCGCACAGGUCUACCACCCAACAGUGGUUGUGGAAGAGAGCAAUUGGAGAUUGUUGAACAGAUCAUGGGACCUUUCAAGCGCGAAGUGGUGGAGCUAUAUUUCAACCACAUUCAUUAUCAUUUCCCCAUCCUGGAUGAGGAGAUGUGUGAGACGCUGCGCACGGGUCAAUAUGGCAAAGUACCAAACAACUUGAUGUGUGUGAUCUACGCACUUGCGUCGCCACACUGGAGUAAAUCGGACACGUUAAAGAUGCACCCCAAACCGAACUCAUACUACGUCUGGAAUAAGGGUAUCUCGGCGACACUGGAAGACUUUCUUAGUCCUGGGAUGUCUACGAUACAAGCCGCUGUACUCGAUCAGGUUGGGCGGCCUUCUGUUUCCAUUAUCGGCAAUAUCACUCUCUGCGGUCGGACGGUUUCUUUGGCUCAGACAUUCGGAUUGCACAGGGAUCCAUCGAAGUGGAACAUUACGGAGAAUGAAAAGUCUGUUCGAAUGCGACUCUGGUGGUGUGUCCUCAUCACCGAUCAGUGGUCUAGUGUCGCAUAUGGCGCACCGCCAUAUGUAUCGAAAGGCUACUACGACGUCCCCCGGCCGACUGUGACGUCGCUCAUUGGAAGUAAGGCGACCUCUCAGCAGAAACAAACUACUACCUGCUUUAUAUAUCUAUGCUCUCUGACGGAGCUGCUUGCGGAAAUUUUGCCUUUCGUCUACCAGAUCAACCCAGAUCGAAUACAGCUUGCACGGGAAACCGAUCGUUUCAAGCAGGAACUGAAUGAAUUGGAAAGGCAGCUUCCUGAAUGGCUACCUCUUCCGAAUCGCCCAGGAACGCCUAUGCUAUGGCUCUCGUUCCUCUCAAUCAGGCUGGUACUUGCCCGCGUCAUCUUCCGUGCAGCAGUCCUCGACGGAGACGGUAGCAUAGGACGGAACAGGAUGGAUCAGUUACGCAUUGCUUCAUCGGAAGUUCUUGACUUCAUAUUGACCAUGGGCGAAACGCAAUUCCUGGACUUUUGGUUGCCUUAUGCGACUCAUCUCUUGGUACAUGCCAUCACCGUCUCGCUUCGUUGCACCGUCGAAACUCAAGACCCCGAAAUACGGAACACGUCUGUCGCGCGCCUCCAACGUGUAAUCGCGCACAUCCAGCAUGCGCGAGAUAACUAUGACUGGGAUCUUGCAAAUUAUGUCUUGGAAAGGUGCGCUGAUCCGGUGUCGAAGAUUGCAUCUUUGAACGCGCGAGAGGUGCCGCAGCCGUCGGAAACGGAGCCCACCAGCAUUGUUGCUAAUGGAAAUGGGAGCGAAGUACCGGUAAUGCCCAACUUUGACGACGCGAGCUUCUUAUUGUCGGACAUAUUGGACCCGAACGCUUUUGAUUUUUCUUGGGAUGCGUUAUGGGACACACCAUCUGGAAUGACAAAUUUCUCUCUCUGA